AUGAGGGCCGUUUCUUUCGUGCCUGUGCUGCUACCGAGGACUGGAGAGGCUCAGCCUUGGCCUCGAGAAUGUGCCGAGUUCGCCACCUGCGCGGGGGCGCAGGGGGGGGACUGGGUGAGCUUCCGGCAAGGCGUGCAGCAGGCAGCUGAACUGGAAAGCGUGAACCAAGCGGAGUCGAUGGAGCUCUACUUUCGGCUCAUGGAGUCCUACACCUUGGAUGCUGGACAAGCGCUUCAAUGCCGGAUGGGUUCAGCCACCGUCUUCUACCGCUUGGGACGCUUAUACCUUGGUCAAGGCUAUGCCCAACGAGCGGCGAACCUCUUCCAGCUGGCCAUGAGCAUGUUUUGGGAUACCACCCGAGCAGAGAACGGCAUGGCCUGCCUUCAACACGAGAUGUGGGGCAUCAGGUGGUUUGAUGACUUCAUGGAGGUCUAUCUGAGGAACGCCGCCAACCUGCGGAGGAAUCACCUGGAGAUGCUGCCGCACCUCUCCGACCUGCAGGUGCCCAGCCACUACCGCGACGCGACGCUGCGGCUGGGCGUGUUUUCGCUGUGCGACUACACGGCGGAGUCUCCCAUGCAUUGGUUGCUAAGCCGUUCGCAGCAGAACCGCCGUGCCUACUGCACUCGCCAUGGCUACGGCUUGGAGUGGACCAGUGAGCGUCCGGCAUCGUCCAAGGCGCGGCACCCCGUCUGGGGCCAGAUCGCUGGGCCACUGGAGUUGAUCAAUAGCGGCAAGUAUGACUGGAUUCUUUCCAUGGAUUGUGACUCCCUCUUCGUGGACAUGUCCGUCACGCUGGACAGCCUGUUGUAUCGCUUCGCGAGCCGGGCGACGCCCUGGGGGAAGCUGGAACUCAAUCCCGACGUCCAUUUCCUCAUCUCGGAGGACGGCCGCGGCCUCGCUGGUGGCAACUGGUUGGUGCGGAGCUCUCCCGAAGGCCGAAAGUUUCUGCAAGAGGUCUAUGGCCCUGACGAUGUGGCGCUCAACCCCUACAUGAGGCAUGACCUUCGCGAUCAAUUCUCAUUACUCUGGCACUUGGUCCGGCCGGGCGUGUCCCUGCCGUUCCCCGACGAGGUCGCCGCGAGGCCCGUCCGCUGGGCCAAUCUGGGCUACCUGACGCUGGCACGACUGGUCCCCCAGGCUUCUUGGGAAGCAACAUCGAAUGCAACGAACCGAAUGCUACUGUACCAUGAUCAGCUGCUCGGCUUGGUGGCUCUUUGCUUGGUUAUUGGAUGUGAUUGGCCAUUCAUGUACUUGCUUAUUACAGGACCUGGAGCUCUUCUUUGUUGGAGACCACUUCAGAUACUUUGGGAGCUCCUUCUGGGCUCCUACCCCUUCGUGAGCUGUUCGCAGCCGGGGGAUCAGGCCCACCGCUGCUUCGGAGAGGCAAAGGACUUCAUCGUCUCCGUACCCUUGUUAGGCUCACUGCCACAGCAGUUGGCCCAAGGCAUCUUAGAUCGCUUCCUGCUGGAAGCCCUGGGCACUCUCGGGGACCCGGUCUAUGAGCAAGAGCUGAGACACAUGUGUUCUGCCGUGGAUCUCUCUCGCUGCCUCGUGUCCGAUGGGACGAGGGCUACAUGA